AUGCGAAAAGUCGGUAUUGUUUCGGCGAGGGGGGCCCUUUCGCGGCUCCCGCCGUGGCCUUUAGUCGUCGCGGCGCCGGCGGCCGCGCUGGACGCGUCGCGACGCCACACCGACGCCGCGGCGACGCCUCGCCCGCACCUGUCGCCGCCGGCGCUCCCAGCCUGCGGAAUUGGCGACGCGCGCGGUAAUUGGAUUCGUGACCCGUCGCCGCCGCCGCCGCCGACGCUUCGCGCUGUCGCCGCCAGGGGGACGGCGGCUCCGCCCGGAGGCGGCGCCACCGGAGGCGUCGCUGACAGCGUGGCGGCCGCGAUAAGCCGGACGGGGCAGCCGGCUAUGCAGGCCGUAAUCUGCGCGGCCGGCAGCGGCGGCGGCGCGCGACCCGAGGAAGUGGCCUUGUCAGAUGGCCGCCGCGAUACUGUCGAGGUGCGCCUCAAUGGCGCCGCCGGAAAUGGAGUGCGGCCCGGCCGGCGCGGCGCGCCUUAUCUGGGAGGAGCUGCUCCGGAAGACCGCGACGGGCGCGGCGGCGGCAGCGGCCAUCUCCUCGCCGGAGGACGCGCCGGCCAUUGUGCGUCCCGGCCGGCCACGGGCGCGCGGCUUCUAUCUGCCGCGGCCGGCCGACGUACCCUUCCGCAGGUUCACGUGGCAAGCGCGGCCCAAGGAGCUACCUGA